UGGGCGCAUGCAACGAGCUCUGUGCUGUGCGUGCUCAUGCGCGAACUUGAUCGUCCCGAAUAGCGCCAGUCCGCGUCUUGAGCGGGUCGGUGGCGACAAGCGAGCCGAGACACUGGAAUGCGGCCGGUGCGGACUCGGGUGAAUCGCUUGGUGCACCUUCCAAAAGGUAGCGCGGCCGCCUGAACUCGAUCAGCUCGACGAGCAGACGCUGAAAUCGCCGGGCUGCGCCCCGCAUCAUGGCUUUCCCGAAGCAUGCUGGUGGCGAUGCCAAUACCGUAGCGGUGCAAAACUGGUCAAGAGUCUGAAUCCAAGGUUGGCGUUUUGCGCACAUAAGAAAGGGAGCAAGGGGGAAUUUGAUUCCUCCUCGCCAAGGACGUGCUUUCAAAUAGGCACGAGCUUAUGUCGCACGCUCGUCUGCCGCCAUGUCAGUCCGUCCAACCUGCUCGGGCCGCGCUGGUAGCUCCGCAAAGAGAGCGUUGCUGCUCGUGCUGAUAUGCAGCAGCUUGCUUGUGGGAGCAGCAUCUUGCACCCGCACUUUUGCUGCGAGACGACUUGACAGGCGCAGCUCUUCCUCGACAGAAACGUCCGGCAUCUCGACGGAUCACCGCAGCGGCGAGAAUUCUCAAGGUCGACGCGUACGGGCGCGAUGGCGAGGACAUUACCCGUCCGGCAGUGAGACGGGCAGCGACGGUGAGGGCGCCAGCAGCAGUCGCUCGGAUCUUUCAACAGAACCACACCUUUCCGCCUCGAGUGGCAGUGACCAUGGUAGAGCCGUGUCGCCAAGCGAUUAUCUACCACCACAAGAUUUGCGCCUGCUACCGCCGCCUCUGGAGCACGUUCCGAGCGGUCUCUCAUCCACGCUGAUUUCGGGAGCAAGAAUCCACGGCGAAGAAUCGCCGCCCUCUUUGCAUUCUGCAAGCUCCAACGCAUGGGCUACGCCUCUCGAAGUGGGAGGUCCACACACGCCCGAUUUUCUACCUGGCCAUUCCACCUCCUCGUUGCAGGAUUCUACAUCCUCUAUCAUGCCUAGUCGCACCUCCAGCAGCCCAGCAAGAAUAUCGACGCCCGAGCGUGCAAGAAUUCUUCGAUCUUCCUCUUCGCCAUCCCUGUCGACGCAUCGACGUGGCGUAGCCAAGCAUCUCGUCCAGACCAAUCCUCGAUGGGUUCUCUCCAGUGGCAGCAACGCGCACCUCCCAGUGCAUCAGCUGGUCAACCGACCGGCUUUCACGAGACAUACCCGAGGAGCGUACUUUUUGAGCGAUGCUGGCGCCGAAGCCCGCGCAAGGGAUGCGAUUCAUGGGCUGCAUCGUGCACCAUAGUGGUGGAAACUGUGCGCCGUUGCAAGUAUCAAGAUGAAAAUCAUCUCUCGAACGUGGAGGUCGUCGACAUCUGAGGCGCCGACACCU